AUGAGGCUCAAACUCACCUUCUUCCUUGGCCUCUCUGCCUUUGCGGUUGCAAUUCUCUCCAUUAUCAUUGCCCUCCAUUACACCUCCAAUAUUUCCUUUCCUUCUUAUUCCACCACUCCCUCUUCGGUUCUUUAUUCAGACUAUGAUGAUGAUGAUGACGACGACGACGAUAGUAUUAUUCACAGCACUGGUCUGGAUGAUGAUGAGCUUAUUCCUUUUCUCAAGAGUGAAGUCGCCGAGCAAAGCGAAAUGCAGGACAUUCUGUCUCUCCUGGAGCCUGCAGUCUCGAGACACCAUAGGCACCACCCCAAGAAGCCCAAGACCAAAUGCGAUAAGAACAAGUGGAAGAAUGUCCAGAAGGCCGUUAAUGCUGUUCCUGAUUUUAGCUCCACCAACACCCUCAUCAUCAUCGAUUCUGGCACCUACAGGGAGAAGGUAGUAGUGCCUGCUAACAAGACGAAUUUGAUAUUCCAAGGGCAGGGUCUUCUGAGCACAGCCAUAGCAUGGAAUGACACUGCAAACUCUACAGGAGGAACUCCUAACAGCUACACGGUUGCAAUCUUUGCUCCGAACUUCACAGCUUACAACAUUAGCUUUCGGAAUACAGCUCCUGCGCCGUCUCCGGGGCAAGUUGGAGGGCAGGCGGUGGCGCUGAGGAUUGGCGGCGACCAAGCUGCAUUUUAUGGGUGUGGGUUUUAUGGAGCACAAGACACGCUGCAUGAUGAAAAUGGGAGGCAUUAUUUUAAAUCUUGCUUCAUCCAGGGAUCCAUUGAUUUUAUUUUUGGAAAUGGCAGAUCCCUCUACCAGGGUUGCAUGAUACAUUCAAUAGCACAAGAUGUGUCUCAAGGAAUAAGCGGAGCAAUAACCGCUCAUGGGAGACAAUCAGCAAAUGAGCAAUCAGGGUUUUCCUUUGUGAGUUGUAUAAUUACCGGAACAGGUAGAGUGUGGCUUGGGCGAUCAUGGGGAGCUUAUGCCAUUGCGGUAUUUUCCAGAACAUAUAUGUCUGAUGUUGUAGCUUCUGAUGGAUGGAAUGACUGGAAUGACCCUUCUAGAGAUCAGACUGUAUAUUUUGGAGAGUAUCAAUGCUUGGGUCCGGGCUCAAACUACUCAUUCAGAGCUUCAUAUGGAAAGCAGCUAGCAAUGACAGAAGCAGCCACAUUCAUGGAUCUUUCCUACAUUGAUGGAGACCAAUGGCUUCAUUUUGAUGACAAACGAUUCAUUCAAUCCUCCUAA